AUGCAGGCAACUUCGAAGCAGUGGGGCCUGCAGCCCUGGGCCUUGCCGGUCAUCGUGAACAUCUCGGCGGCCGGGGGCGACACCCUGGACUUCAGCCCCCUGGACGAGUCCUCCUCGCUCAUCUUCUACAACGUGAACAAACACCAGGGCAACAACAAGCAGAAGAGGUCUCGGAUCCUCCAGGCCGGGACGCCGCUGGGGCUCAUGGCCUAUCUCUACUCCAGUGACGCUUUCCUGGAAGGUUACGUCCAGCAGUUCCUCUACACCUUCCGGUACUUUUGCACCCCAGAAGACUUCCUGCAGUUCCUCCUGGACAGAAUCGACAGCACUUUGUCCCGAGCCAACCACGACCCCACCUCCACCUUCACCAAAAUCUAUAACCGCAGCUUCUGCAUCCUCCAGGCCUGGAUUGAAGACUGCUAUACCAUUGACUUUACCAGGAACUCUGGGCUCCUGGAAAAGCUGGAAGAGUUCAUCUCUUCCAAGGUCACUCCCCGGGAUGGCUACGGGGAGCAUCUGCGCUCCUUUCUUGAAGUGGCCACAGACGGCAAGUGUGAGGGCCCCUCCCGCCUCGGGGACCUGGAGGACGAGAAGGAGGCCGACGAGGACACGUGGUCCCUGAACGCGCUCUGCAAGAAGCUCUCGGAGGAGAACCUCUCUCGGAAGGGUUUUAACUGGAGGCUCCCGCGGGGCAACGGCUUCAUCCUGCCCCACCACAAAGAGCGGCCGUACACCAUCGCCUCGGCCCUCCCCAAGCCCUGCUUCCUGGAGGAGUUCUGCGGGGCCUAUGGCAAGGGCAGCGAGAAGGGGCCCUACUUCCUCACCGAGUACAGCACCCACCAGCUCUUCAGCCAGCUGACCCUGAUGCAGCAGGAGAUGUUCCAGAAGUGCCAUCCAGUCCACUUCCUGAACUCGAGAGCCCUCGGUGUCCUGGACAAAAGCACGGCCAUGCCCAAAUGCGCCUCCUCAGAGUCCCUGUCCUCCAAGGCCGGCAGCCUGUUCCUGCCCAGUUACGUCCAGGACAAGUACCUGCUGCAGCUCCUGAGGAACGCCGACAACAUCAGCACCUGGGUCGCCGCCGAGAUCGUGACGAGUCACACGUCCAAGCUGCAGGUGAACCUCUCCGCUCAGGCCAAGGCCUCCUACGAGCAAAGGAAUUUUUCCACGGCCAUGCAGAUCCUGGGGGGCCUGGAGCAUCUCCUGGUGAGGCAGCUGCCGGCCUGGAAAAUGCUCCCGGCCAAGAUCGCAGAAAUCAUGGAGGAGCUCAAAGCCGUAGAGGUGUUCCUCAAGAGGAAGGCCUGA